AUGCAGGUGCCGGCGUCCCAGUCCGCCUCAUCUCUCCUCCUGUCGGCCCGACCACCGCACCGGUUCUCGUGCGGCUGCGGCGCGCUCGACGUGCUCGUGACGCCCCGAAGCUUCUCGGCAGCAGCCCACGCCGUACCGCAUGCGCCGUCCGAGCCGGGGCUCGCCCACGGCGCCGUCCUCGAGCUCCUCGGCCCGCCAGGAAUCGGCAAGACGCGGGCUCUGCUCGGCUUUGUCCUCGCCGAGCGCUUCAGAGAGCGAGGUGGAGAGGUUCUCGUCAUUGAUGCCGACGGAGCCCUCCUCCCGUCCUUGAUCAGCGACACGGCCAGGCUCUACGCACAACACAACAGCUACCACGACUCGGACGUUCAAGCUGUUCUCGAGGGCGUCCGGUACCGCCGCAUCGACUCGGCAUGGCUGCUCAUCGCCUUCUUUCGGACGCUCGAGGGCUGGCUACAAGAACAUCCCAACGUCAACCUCGUCAUCGUCGACUCGCUGUCGGCGCACCUGCGGCCGACGCUCGACUCGGCAACUCGCACUCUCAUCGCUGAGACCGUGCGCGCCGCGCUUUCCGCCGUCUGCGCCAAUGGGUCCGUCUCGGUCAUCCUCUCGACGCACCUGUCGCUCAAGCUCUUUGGGCCCGAUCAGCGCCCGAGCAGUUGGUCGCGCGACGCCGAGGCGCUCCUCGUGCCGCAGAUUGCCGAGCGGUGGAUCCCGCAGGAGGUCAACGCGUGGCGGGUCUUGCUCUACUACGACGAGCGCGGCGAGAGGCUCGCGAGCACGCUCUCGUCGCCUACACCGACCCUGGCGACCCAAGCCUCAUUCGCAAUGGACGCUCUCGGCCCGUGCGACGUGCCCGAGGCACCUCUCGAACAGAGCUCGUCGCCUUCAUGAUCGCCCUCGCCCUCUCGCAAACCGGCUAGGAAAUUCUCGCGAGCACGCGAUCGCGAUACAGACUCGUUCCUCGUCCCAUCUACGCCGCCUCGACCACCCUGAACGCGACCGCGGCGCCCUCCCUCCCCCUGCGGUCCGUCUUGACCGUCUGCUUGCUCACGAGGGCAUAGAUCGCCGUCGUCCCCAUCUCCUCGGUCCACCCUCGGCCC